AUGCGACUGGAAAGGAUCAAUAAUCGAGGACGACACAAUUUCCAAGCAGACGACGACGAUAAUGAUAAAGAAGGUGACGACGAUGACGAGGACGGCGAGGACAAUGACGACGACGAUGAGGUGGAAGGCGAUGACGACUGUGAGCUUAGCGACGACAAUGACGGAGACGACGACUGCGUCGACGACGACGAGACGGCGUCAAUGACGACGACGACAACGGCUUCGACGACGACCGGUCGAUCAGUCCACUGGCGUCUAAAAGACGAUUCCAUAGAGGAUUCAAUCAUUGUUGUACGAUGGAUCAUAGAAAUAAUGAUGAGCUUACGUGACUUAGGCAGACAGAGAAAGAGACCCAUUCUAAUCUGGUCUGGUCGCUAUUACGAAUCUGACAUUCGAAGGUUCCCAUAUGCGAUGCGGAAUUUGUAA